UCUGCUUCUACUCCUAGAAAGUUUCACAAAACUUAACAUGAGCUCUUUUUAAUUUUAUACUUUUAGUUUUAACCACAGUAAUGUUCAACAUGUGGAAGUAACUGACGUCCACCACUGUCCACCGCUGGGUCAGAGCUGGCAGUGAUGCAGACUGAUGCUCAGGUCACCGGCAGUGUCCGUCUUCAGAUCCCUUCACAACCCAGUCCAGAGCCUGUCCUGCUGGACCCCGUCAGACCAGUCCUGGUCCCAGGUGUCAUCAGUCCUGAGCACAGGAUGGAGAGAAACGUCCAGCCUCAGACUCCACAGUCGCCCAGGAGCUGUGGUUCAGCAGGAGGUCCCUGUGGGAGCCUGGACAUGAGGGUGACCGCUAUUCUGCUGACUCUGGCUGGAGCUGUGAUCCUGCUGCUGCUCUACAGACUCUUACAGCUGAGACACAGGUUGAAGGUUGUGAGUGCGAGACACGCUCUGCAGUAUCACGGCUUCUACCGCACAGCCACGUACACGUUCAAACACCCGGCACCCACUCAGGACCUGCCACUCAAGAAUGGGACUGUCCGUGACGCUACUCUGCCGGUACAGACUGUCACCACCAUCACGCCCCUGCCUCCACCACCACCACCGGAACCUGGUCCACCUCCACCGCUGCUCCCCCCACCUCCACUUAGACCUCCACCCGCUCUCCCUGAGACACCUCCCCUCCUGCCACUGCCCCUCCCCCUGCCUGUGAUCCACACCACCCCGCCCAGUCCUCAUCUAUCGUGGGGGGCGUGUUCUGACGUAGACGUCUACUCUCGGAUCGGAACUUUCAGGGCGUCCAGGUUGUCCAGUCUCUCCAACCAGUCUAAAGUCAUCCUGUUUGAACACUCAUCCUUCUGAUGAUGAUGACGAUAUGCUCUGAAAACUGUAUGAACAGUGUAUAUUCAACGUUUAAAUAACAUCAGGGAUGUUCCAGGGUCCCAACAAAGAUAUAUUCAUUAUUUAAACUUUAUGAGCUUCCACAUUAAAGAAUGUUGUUAUUCCAGA